CAGGGGCUGCCAGGCCCCGCGAGUCCCUCGGGGCAGGCGCCGCAUCGGGCCCGCCGCCCCUGCCGUUGCCAACGGGGCCCUCCUGCCUCCCUGCCCGGGAGGGCGAGCGGGGCAGCCCGCGGGAAGGAGCGCGCGGCGGCCAGCAGAGCUCCGCGCCGGCCCGGCCCGGCCUCCCAGCGGUCCCUCCAGCGCCCGCGCCGCGCCGCUCCGCGUCAGGCGCCGGCCCCUCCCGCGGAGGCGGAGCGGCGGGCGGAGCGUGGCCGUGGGCCCCGGCGGGGCGGGCGCCGUCGGGCCGCGGGCGAGGCAGGCAUGUCGGUGCCGGCGGGCGAGGCGGAGGGGGCGGCCGGGGCGCUGCGGCCGGCGGGCGCCUCGCAGGAGGAGAGCGAGGACGAGGGCGAGGUGCUGGAGGAGAGCCCGUGCGGCCGCUGGCAGAAGCGCAACGAGCAGGUAAACCAGGGCAACAUGCCGGGUCUCCAGAAUGCUUUCCUGGCCAUGGACACGGAGGAGGGCGUGGAGGUGGUGUGGAAUGAGCUGCAGUUUGCUGACCUGAAAGCUUUCAAGGCUCACGAGGAGAAAAUCAAGACCAUGUUUGAGCAGCUGGUGGUGGUUGAGCAUCCCAAUAUUGUGAAGGUCCACAAGUACUGGCUGGCCAUGAAGGACUCCAUGGCCCAGGUGAUCUUCAUCACGGAAUACGUCUCUUCGGGAAGCCUCAAGCAGUUCUUGAAGAAGACUAAGAAGAACCACAAAGCCAUGAAUGUCCGGGCUUGGAAGCGCUGGUGCACACAAAUCCUCUCUGCCCUCAGCUACCUGCACGCCUGCGACCCUCCCAUCAUCCACGGCAACCUCACCAGCGACACCGUCUUCAUCCAGCACAACGGCCUCAUCAAAAUCGGGUCAGGUAUGCUCCAGAAAGUUUGGCACAGAAUCUUUGCAAAUGCCAUUCCUGCUGAUCUCCACAGCCCCGUCUGUGCUGGCCGAGAGGAGCCCCACAAUCUGCACUUCUUCCCCCCGGAGUACGGCCAUGUGGCUGAUGGGACAGCCGUGGACAUCUUCUCCUUCGGGAUGUGUGCUCUGGAGAUGGCAGUGCUGGAGAUCCAGUCCAACGGGGACACGUGUGUGUCUGAGGAGGCCGUUGAGCGAGCCAGGCGGUCUCUGGAGGACCCCAACAUGCGGGAGUUCAUCUUGGGCUGUCUGCUCCUGAACCCUGACAAGCGGCCCAGCGCUCACAGCCUGCUCUUCCACCGCGUCCUCUUUGAGGUCCAUUCCUUGAAACUGCUGGCUGCCCACUGCUUCAUCAGCAACCAGUACCUGAUGCCUGAAAAUGUGGUGGAGGAGAAAACCAAGAGUCUGGACCUCAACAUGGUGAUGGCCGAGAUGCAGCGCAGGGGCCGGCCACCUGUGCAGUGGAGGUACUCCGAAGUUUCUUUUCUGGAGCUAGACAAGUUCUUGGAAGAUGUGAGGAACGGCAUCUAUCCCCUGAUGAACUUUGCUUCCACCCGGCCCCACACGCUCCCACGGGCAGCCCCCCAGGCCUCCGAGGACCUCCAGAACACCACGCCCCCUACGCCGGAGCCCUUUGACGUGGAGACAAGGAAGGUGGUGCAGAUGCAGUGCAGCAUGGAAUGGAGUGAGGAGAAGGGCCAGUGGCACCUCACUCUCCUCCUGGUCCUGGAGGACAGGCUCCAUCGACAGCUCAGCUACGACCUGCUCCCAACUGACUGUCCAGGGGACCUGGCUGCCGAGUUGGUGCAUUAUGGAUUCAUCCGCUUGGAUGACUGUGAGAAGCUUGGCACAUUCCUGGAAAAUGCAUUCCAUCGGCACCAGCUGGCUGCAUCCUGAGUCGCCCCUGCUAGCAAUGAGGUUUUGGGCAGACACCCCCCCAGCCUCAGGAGUGGGGAGGUGGGAAGUCCCCUCCGCCGCUCGCUCGUUCGCUCGCUCUCCAUGCAAAGGACACAGACGGCAUGAGGCCUCUCCGCCACUGGGAAGGGGUCUGUUUUGCUUGGGGUGGGAGGCUGGCAACAGUCAGGGACUGGGACAGGAGUUGGGGCAACCUCUGAAGGAACCGGAGUUCUGUGGUGACCCCCAAGUUCCUUAGCCCCCUUCAAGGGAAAAGAGCUGUUGCCAAAAUGCCCCCUUGUGGGAAACCUCUCCAGCUGCCCACUGACCUCCUUGCUCUGGGCAGUGGCCUCAGGCCAGAAUGAUGUUGCGGGGCUGGUGGGAGCCAGGCCAGCACAGCAAAGCCCCGGCAUUCUCAGUGGGUGGCUUCAUGGGCCUAGCCCAGGUCAGCCCUGUUGUCCUCCCUGCUAAAUCCUCACUCUUGGGCGGCCAAGAGCAAAAUCCUGCUUGCUAGAGCUUCAGAGCCAUCUGAGCUGCAGGGAACAGAGGCGGCCCCAGUUGCAGCACAGCUUCGCUGCCGCCGUGUUGAGCGCACUGCUCUUGGCUAGGCCUCUGCCACACCCGGGUGCCGUGUGGCGGUUGUGCUGCACCAUCCUGGCUGCUGCUGGGUUUUCCUUGCAUGUUCCAUAUCGUAGACAGUGCCUGUGUUACGCUGAGCCUUUGACGCAGUGUGGACUGUGCUCAAUUCCCCACAUGGCCUCCUGACAUCACCCAGCUUGCCAGCGUCUCUGGUAGCAACUGGUCCAGUUAACUCAUCACAGUAUAACGAGCCCCUGGGGGCAACCUGUAACCCACUGCCUCUGCCAGCUGGCCUUGUUCCGAGCUUUCCCUGGAGCUAAGAAGGUGCUCCUGAAAACCAGGCCAAGGGAGAGGCCAAGGGAGAAUUCUUCCCUGUGCUCCAGAGCAAGGGGAGAGUCGGGCCUGCCCUGGCUCCCCUGGGGCCUUUCCUGCUUCCUUUCCCCUGGAACAGCAAGCGAGUCUCGCUUAGCCACCAACAGCCAUGCCUAGUAGGGUGAUCAGUUGACUCCCACCGUGAUUUCACCGGUGGAUUUUCUGCCCAGUGCCAGGCGGAUCCAUGGAAUAGGACCUUGGGGAGAGAAAAACAUCUCCAGUGGGUGUUGGGGAUGGAUGUGAGAAGGGGAAUGCCAAACCCCCAAGGUCGGCUGCCCAGCAAAGAGAGCAGGCUGAUGGACUCUCGCCAGGAGCAGCCACUAGCACGGGGUCCUUCCCGUGGGUUAAAUGGGAUGCACCAGGUGCACACCCCUCGCAGGUGUACCACUUGUCCCCCGGGCAUAGCAAGCCAUGCCAAUGCCCUGCAUGGAACCCAAGUCCUUUUAUUGCUUUGGCUAGGUUUGACUCUGUGGUGGGCCUGCCCUUGUGUUGUCUGGCCUGCUGCCGCCUUGCUUUCUCACCCACAGGCCUGGGCAGAUCCCGGUGCCCUCUGCAUGUAGAAGCAGGGAGACUCGGGACCACAGUGGGGGAUGCUUCCGGCACAAAGAGGCCUGGACUUCACGGAGGAGGAACCCCUGCCUUGCGGCGGGGCUGGCCCACUCUGUGGGCUGGCAGGAGGCACAGUGCCCAUUAGCCCACGCCGGGUUUCCUCUGAAACCCGCCACUCACUGAGCCCCACCUCCUGGACUUCCCUCCAGGACUUCCCAGAACACGAGUGGUCUUCCUGUAGAAGCCGCCCCCUCCUAGGGCCUGCUGCUGCUGCUGCUGCUGCAUUUCCCCAUGAUCUGUUGGGCGUGGCAGAAGGGCUCCGUGGCUUAGUUUCGUGGCUCGGCUCUGGCUGUGUAUGCUCAGCUUCACUCCCCAGCAGCCCCAGUCAAAGUAUUUUGGGCAGGAGAGCUGGAGGGGGCCUGAGGGGGCCUGUUGCUAGUGGGAGCUGGCUGUGUGCAGCUCGGUGUGCCCUUCAUCUUGCGACGAGUUGUGUUAUUCACGCCCCGUCCACAGGUCUCCCCUGAAUCCGGCUCCCGGAGAGUCCAAGCCUCGUUAGCUGAACACAGCUGCAGAUUCUCCGGUCAGGCCUGCUCAGGAAGCUGAGAGAGACCUUCUCUCCUACAGGGCAGUGAAACGUUAUUGGUCAGACCUCAGAUCUUUUGCCCACAGAACAAAGAAAAUUUCUUCGAGUUAAUAUUAAAGCAUAACUCUUUUUUUCUUAAGCAAGAACUUAAAUAAAAACAGGUGCAAAUUAAUCCUAUGUAUCCAGAAUAAGUGCAUGUGAUAAAAACCAGAUCCCUGACAUUCACAAAAUAUGGAUAGCCCAGCUAUUCUAAUCUCAUCAGGUCUUGGAAGCUAAGCAGGGUCAGCCUUGGUUAGUACUUGGAUGGGAGACCUCCAAAGAAGUCUAAGAUUGCUACACAGAGAAAAGGAUGGCGAACCACCCCGGAAUGUCUCCUGCUUUGAAAACCCCAUGACGGGUCACCAUAAGUCAGCUGUGACAUGAUGGCCGAGAACAAAAAAAACCCCUUAAACUUUGCUAAAUACAUAAUUAUUACAGUUCUCUUAAGAUGGAGAUCAUAAAACUGGCCCCUAAAUGAAAAUGAGUAGUGCCAGCUGAACUAAGAUACAUCUUGAUAACUCGUUAAAACUGCAUUUCCUCGUUUUUUCUUAAGCAUUUCCUAGUUACGCUAAGAAACUGCCUUGCUAAGAGUCAGUCCUGAACAUCUGGUAUUGCGCCUGACGUUGCAUCAGAACAUACCGACUCACAGACAUACGAGCGUUUCAGGUCAUGACUGUGUGACAGUCAGCUGUGGUCCCUGGAAGCUCGGACCCAAAGCAGUGUAUAUAGUUAUUGUCUCCUCUAUUUUGUCCUCACAACAACCCUGUGAGGUGGGGCAGGCUGAGAGUAUGUCACCCAGCAAGCUUCCAUGGCAGAGGGGGGACUCCAAUCCUGUCAGUCUAACACGCUGAGUCAAGUCCAACACCGGGCUCUGAACUCCACCCGUCUCUGGAAGAGUUCAAGCUGCUAGUGCAUGUAGUCUGGUUGAAAGAGUGCACCAGGCUCCCACCUCCCUUGUUCUAAAUGAGGGGGGUGGGCAGUAAAGCAAUUUCUAGGUUCAUGGAGGAGGGAAAGCUCUGUCCCAGUUAGCUUUGGCCUCCCCCCCCCCCAUAUCUUUCAGAAGUGGGGUUCUGGGAACAUGAAGCUCUCCCUUGGUAAGAGGAGGGGAAGCCAUGCCAUGCUUUGAGGCAGCCUUUGGAGUUCAGGACGAGCCAUGAUUUGAGAAGGCAGCAGCUGCGAUUCAAGGGAGGAAUCUUACCCUGGUGCAUGGCUAGAUGGGAGGUGAAGAGCCAAGUGGAAAGAAGGGAGCUGGCUGGGGUGAUUUUAAUCUGAACAACAGACCUGGAACCCAUAAGACAAAUUUGUCUUUCUCUUUAGACAGAAGUUCAGGCGAAGGAGGAUGUUCAUAAUCAUAUUUGCUCUUCUGUGCUCAAAUCCUGCAAUAUGGUGUGAUCUUAUGUUGUUCUGCUGCUUUUUAUUGUGUGAGAGCAUCCAUUGUAUACCAUACUCUCUAAUAUAAACAGUUCUCUUUCUGAAA